AAGGAAGUCGAUCCACAGGCUGGUUUCACAUUUCUAUUGAACGCAAACAACACUGGCGUCCGGGCGCUGCUGCGGUACCAGUCGUGACCGCCCGACUGUACGGCUUUCCACGGCUCACAGAUGUAAUUCGUCGCGUACCACCGACUGGAACCGACCAAUUUACAGCCAUUAACAACCGGGCUACGGUUAGGACUUAUUCUUACAACCAUACUGUCAAAAUAUCAGCGACUUUUUCGAAGUCACCCGGCCAGCUAACGCGCGUUAGCAGGUUAGAUGUGAUUUUUCCACAGGCGCAGAGAGCCAGUAUACAAGCGUCUUCGCGAUGAUUUUGUGCUUGGAGCUUUAGUUGGUCACCUCGAGACGAUAUCAGGUGUUUGAUCGGUUUUGAAACGGACGUGUUGACACCUGUGUGACGGAUCAUUACUCGGAGUAACGCUGGUCUGAGCGCUGCUGAGUUGGCUAACUGAACGGAGCAGCUCUAUAACUUGCUGUAAAGUUUUUUUGGGUGCAAAGCGGGACUUUCAUGUGUCUUUCCUCAGGCUUGCGAAGAAGAAACCCGGACUUAACUUUUGACAUUACAGAUGCACACCAGUAUACAGCCAAACAUUGUUAGUUACGGCUAAAUUUAGGGACCCUUUUGCCACCCGGCCUAAUAAAACUUGGGAGUCCUCGGACUCGAUUUUGCACAUUUGUGCUGGGAACAAUUUUGUUGUUUUUCAACAGCUGACGGGUUCAGAUUAGUCUGUCUCUUCUUAAAUGCUGUAAUUCCCCUGAAAAUUCAUUACUUUAUCGCUAGGAAAUCACAUAGGAAGUCGGCAUUCAAUGUUGACACCCGUCGAUAGGGUUCGUCGAAAAUUUUCAUUAAGAUUCACGUUCCUACCGAGACUAGUAAACAAACUAUGACUUAAUGACGGGACUUUUUUAAAAGCUAAUCAGUACUGGUUUGAGGACUCACACUGAGCUCAGGGGGCUCCUUACAAGUUGGACUUCGGACACUUCUCAUUGUGUUGUUCCGAUGUCACAUUUGAUUGAAUUGUGAGAGCUGUGAACACAUUCAGUUUUAGAAAAUUAACUCUCAAAUCCAACAUCAGAAGAUGUCAACCAGGACACCACUGUUACCCAUGAUUGACCACUCCACUGGCCAGUCUCACUCCGACUCAAAGCCCGGGGGGCGCUGCAACAUGCCCCACUCCACAGCAGACGAGCAGCCCCACAUCGGCUGCUACAGGCUCCUGAAAACGAUCGGCAAAGGCAACUUCGCCAAGGUCAAACUGGCCAAGCACGUCCUCACUGGCAGAGAGGUGGCGGUGAAAAUCAUAGACAAGACUCAGCUCAACUCCUCCAGUCUUCAAAAGCUAUUUCGGGAAGUGAGGAUCAUGAAGCUCUUGAAUCACCCAAAUAUCGUGAAGUUAUUUGAAGUGAUUGAGACCGAGAAGACCCUCUACUUGGUGAUGGAGUAUGCCAGCGGAGGUGAGGUGUUUGAUUACCUCGUAGCCCACGGCAGAAUGAAAGAGAAAGAGGCUCGAGCCAAAUUCAGACAGAUUGUGUCAGCGGUGCAGUACUGUCACCAGAAGUGCAUUGUCCACAGAGACCUCAAGGCAGAGAACCUGCUCCUGGAUGCGGACAUGAAUAUUAAAAUUGCCGAUUUUGGCUUCAGUAAUGAGUUCACACUGGGCAACAAGCUGGAUACUUUUUGUGGCAGCCCUCCUUAUGCUGCCCCCGAGCUCUUUCAGGGCAAGAAGUAUGACGGGCCGGAGGUGGACGUCUGGAGCCUUGGGGUCAUACUAUACACACUGGUCAGCGGUUCUUUGCCAUUCGAUGGACAGAACCUAAAGGAGUUGCGAGAACGGGUUUUAAGGGGCAAGUACAGGAUUCCCUUCUAUAUGUCGACCGACUGUGAGAACUUACUGAAGAAAUUCCUCAUACUCAACCCAACCAAGAGAGGGAGCCUUGAGCAGCAGAUCAUGAAGGACCGGUGGAUGAAUGUGGGCCAUGAGGACGAUGAGUUGAAGCCCUACAUCGAACCCCAACCUGACUACAAGGACCCUAAGAGGACAGGUCAGCACCCCAGCAGUGCAGGGGGUUGGAAGAGAGAUAUUAUGCUACAGAUGGGAUACUCUCUAGAUGAGAUACAAGACUCCCUGAUCAACCAAAAAUACAAUGAUGUCAUGGCAACCUACUUAUUACUGGACUAUAGGAACUCAGAGGAGCUGGAUGAACUAUCAAUAAAGCCCCGCCCAGGCACUGACCUCACAAACAACGCCCAAUCACCUUCUCACAAGGGACAACGCAAUACCUCCAAUACGAAGUCCCGCAGAUCCACAGACCAAAGCUCCUCCGUUUCCACCAAGCGUCCUCAGGGCGACAGUAAGCACAUCGCUGGUUCAGGCAGCUCCAGUAAAGUCCCUCCCAGCCCGCUGAUCUCCGGAGACCAUAAGAAAACUCCAACCCCUUCCACUAACAGCAUCCUGUCCUCAGGCACCAGCCGCAGCAGGAACUCUCCAAUCACUGAGAGAGCCACUCUGGGAGUACAGAACGGCAAGGACAGCUUGAACACUCCAGGGUCCCGUGCCUCCACCGCCUCAGCGGCCGCGGUGCUCGCCGCCUCAUCCCGCACCCGCCAUCACAAGUCUUUGUCCACCUCCGCCCACCCCAGUCCCCCAGACAUCCAUGCACAUCGCCCCAGCACAGCCAACCAGAAAGCAUCAGUGGUGUCCCCCUCAGCUCAGAACAUAAACAUUUCCUCAAUGGCUGACCGUACCAACUUCUCCAGAGGGGUGACGAGCAGAAGCACUUUCCACGCCGGCCAGCAGAGAGCCACACGAGACCAGCAAGCCUCAGCGUACAACGACCCCUCUGCCUCCCCCUCCCUCUCCCAUGGCAACAGCCAAGUGCGCCGUCCCGGGACGGGCAUCUUCAGCAAGUUUACUUCCAAAUUCGUACGCAGAAAUCUCUCAUUCAGAUUUCCCAGAAGGAGUCCGUAUGAGGGAGAGGGUCGAGAUGAGGCCAGCAGACCUAUGUUGAGCACAGCAGACAAAAUGGAGAAAGGUACCCAAGGACUGCCUGGUGACGAAAACAAGGACUCCUAUUCUUCCUCUUCUCCAGUGUCCAGCACACCCUCGUCUACCCAGGCCUCCAAGGACACCAAGCCACGCUCCCUCCGCUUCACCUGGAGCAUGAAGACCACCUCCUCCAUGGAGCCCAACGAAAUGAUGAAGGAGAUCCGGAAAGUUCUGGACUCCAACAGCUGCGAGUACGAGCUGCGCGAGCGCUUCAUGCUCCUCUGCGUUUCGGGCAACCCCGCUCACGACGACUUCGUCCAGUGGGAAAUGGAGGUGUGCAAGCUACCUCGCCUCUCGCUCAACGGGGUGCGCUUCAAGAGGAUUUCCGGAACCUCCAUCGCCUUCAAGAACAUCGCCUCGAAGAUCGCAAACGAGCUAAAACUGUGAGGAAGACGAUGAAGAUCUUGAGGAACGGCUGGAGCCCGUGUGUUGGGAACGAGGAGGCACUGUGAGGAAAAUCGUUGGAGUUGUGAGCUCUACGGCAGCAUUGAAGCGUCUCGAGGCUGUAAACGGGGGGGAAGGUGUAAGACAGGUUCAUGGGGGACAUUUGUGCAUAUAGACAUUUUUCAGGGGGUUUAUUUUUUUUGGGGGAGGUGUUCUGUCUUGGUUUGGGUUUUCUGUUCCUUACUCACUCCCCCUCGAAUACUUUGUGUUGUCAUCUUUAUUUGUGGCAAUUUCGUUCAGAUGUUGUGGUUUUUCUUGGACCUCACAAUUGUCCUCACUUCAGAAAACAGCGAGAAGAGGUUGGUGUUAAUAAACUGGAAUUGUUUGCCAGUAACUUUUUUUUUUUUUUUUCUACAAAUGCAAACCAGCUACUGUCAUGGAAAGCUGUAUCUAACUCUCCCCCCAUACCCUGAUCCUUAUUCCUCGUUCCAUCCACCAAACACAAACAAUGAAAAACCACCACAUUACUUGAUCUUACUUCCAAUUCCAGGUUAGCUGUGAUGAGCAGAGAUGGAGAGAUUGGCGGUUGACGCUCUGAAUGUACAACGCAAAAUCGAGGCUAGGCACAUUCAGUUUGAAUUUUCAUAUCCACUCAUCAUGCUCUGAUUGGUUCUGAUCUAGCCAAUGAUAUGGUAGCUAAUCCGUAACCUCUGCCCCAUUUCUUCAUCACAGUACAGUGUCUUAUUUGAGCUGAAAUGGAAGUGUUGACUUGAACCCUCGGUGCACUGGAGGUGAAUCACCUCUUCGCACUCUAUGCCCAGACAAUUAGUUUUUUGUUGUUUGUUUUUUGUUUUUUUUCCUCUACUGCAGGGGUUAUAUAUCUGAAACUAAUUAAGGGCCAAUUAAGUCAUUAUUGGUGGAUUGUAGUGUAAUUAAGAAUUGCUGGUUGGAUCCAAUCUGCUGCACUGGAAUGAGUCUGUGUUUCGUUGCCUUUCUCUGGAGAAGAUAAUUAUUAAUAUUAUUAUAUGAAUAAACCAGACGUUGGAUGA